AUGACUGAUCCUAAAGUUAAAAAAAUUCUAAACCAGUUAUUAAAAGAUCAAGAAAAUACAUAUUGUGCAGAUUGCAAAGACGCUAAACACCCAAGGUGGAGUUCAUGGUCACUGGGUGUUUUUAUAUGUAUCAAAUGUGCUGGUGUUCAUAGAUCUUUAGGUACACAUAUCUCCAAAGUUAAAUCUGUUGAUUUGGACACUUGGAAAUUAGAAAAUAUCGAACAGUUGGUCUAUUUUAAAAAUAACAAAUUGGCCAAUGAUUAUUACGAAGGAAAAUUAUUGCACGACACAAAUAAAAAAAUGUACGUUCCCGAUGCCUCUAAAAUUGCCAGUUUUAUUAGAACUAAAUAUGAACUAAAAAAAUGGCUCGAUGAUACAGCGUUGGAGCGUAUUACAAGCGAUGACAGUGUUAAUAAUAGUAACGCUAGUAGCACCAUCUCUAAGAGUAAUACACCAAUAUAUAAAGCUGGUAACGAUAUUGAUACCAUACCAAGGUUUGCCUCUCCUUCAUCUAGUUUAUUAGAAUUGAAUUUAUCUUCAAUCCCACAAAAUAAUAAUAAUAAUAAUAAUAAUAAUAAUAAUAAUGCUAGUAGUAUUAGUAUCAAUAGUAAUAACUCUGUAUCUUCUAUACAAACCAAUAAUAAUAAUAAUAAUAACAAUAAUAAUAGGGCUGAAUUGAAAAAAUCCAUAUUAUCCUUAUAUGCUAAACAAGGUGGUAAUACUACAUCUUUUAAUAGUAACAACAAUAGUUUUACUAGAAGCUCAUUAUCAUUAAAUUCUACCAGUAAUAACACCAAUAUUAAUUCCAACAGUAAUCCAGUAUUUGCAUCUACUUCUUCAUCAAUUUAUAAUAAUACCAAUACUAAUGGAGCCGUUAAUACCAACGGUACUGUUGCUGCAGAUAAUGCUGCGCUGGAUGAUAAUGAAUUAUUUAAAAAUGUGUGGGGUUAA